AUGAUUAAGCUAUUAACCGCAUCACUACUUCUAGCCGUAUUUAUGGCUGAAGUGAGUGCACAACGUUUUAUUUUGCCAACAUAUCGUCCACCGCCACGCAGACCUGUCAUCAUCAGAACAGUCCGCGACACGGAGAGGGAACAACCGAAAUGGCUGUACCAAGGAGACAUACCACGAGCACCAGCGACGGGAGAUCAUCCCGUGCUGCCACAUUACAUCGAUGACGUCAAGAUUGACCCGAACAGACGAUAUGUCAGAAGCCUGGACUCACCGAGUGCUAAGCGCUAUGGUAGAAGCGUCGGUUCCUCCGGCACUGAUGACGCACAGCCCGAACUCAAGCGUGAUUCGAGGAGCAUAAAACCAUUUAACCCAAUAACCAAGAGACCUGGUCCCGUCGACCCCUUCCAUCCUCGUCCUGGUCGUCAACGCCCAAUUUAUAUUGCCUGA